AUGACUAGCCAUACCAAUGGCGCCGCGACGGCGCCAAAGUCUGUCCCGGAGCGUCGCGAUGCAACCGUAUCGAACUCUACAGUUGCCGACGCAGCGGCCGUCCCCGAUGCCCUCGCUCCGCCCCUCAUUACAGUCAAGGGCCCUAGCGACGCGCCCGACGCGGGUCUGAGGAGUCUCGAUCAUUAUAAGAGAGCGCUGCCAACAUGGCGAUACCGACUGCGACAGUGGAUGCUGCCACUCAUCCGAUGGGAGACUCCGUAUCUGGCUUACCUGCAGGAGACGAUGCGCACCCCGUGGCUCGAUAGUUAUUUUGCGAUUACGGCGAACCUCGGCACCCAUACCUUCUUCAUGAUCGGCUUGCCCAUGCUCUUUUGGUGCGGCUACGCCUCCUUCGGCAAAGGUGUUAUCCACAUUCUUGCCGAGGGCGUCUUCUUCACUGGCUUCAUCAAGGACUUCUUCUCCCUCCCACGGCCGCUUUCCCCGCCGUUACAGCGAAUCACCAUGUCCGGUUCUGCCGCGUUGGAAUAUGGCUUUCCGUCAACCCAUAGCGCCAAUGCCGUGUCAGUAGCCGUCUAUGGCGUCUUACUCCUGCGCAGCCCCGACAACACCAUGGCAGAAUCGACCAAGACUCUCCUUGAGGGGCUGUCAUACUUUUAUGCCAUCUCUAUCAUCUUUGGCCGUUUGUACUGCGGCAUGCACGGCUUCAUUGACGUCGUCGUCGGGUCGAUUCUAGGCGCCGUUAUCUCGCUCGCCGAGUUUCACUACGGCCCUCCUUUGGAUGCGUACAUGCACAGCAGCUCGUGGUGGGCACCCGUUAUCGCCGCUCUCGUGGUCAUUGUACUCGUCAGGAUCCAUCCAGAGCCUGCGGAUGACUGCCCUUGCUUCGAUGACAGCGUUGCUUUUGCCGGCGUUGUGAUUGGUCUGGAAAUCGGAACAUGGAUGUACGGGCGGACCUCGAUCGAUUCCUUUGGAGGAUCCGCCCACAGCGUCAAGUCCAUUGAUCUCGGCGCUCUUGGGUGGCACGUUGUCCUGGCCCGUGUCGUAUUCGGCAUCUUCGUCAUCUUCGUGUGGCGAGAGGUCAUGAAGCCGACCAUGCUCAAGAUUUUGCCGCAUCUUUUCCGUCUCUUGGAGAAGGUCGAGUGGAAUCUCCCCCGACGUUUCUUCACCCCGGCGUCCAAAUACAAGGUUAUUGACCCUGGCUCGAGGAUGGAUAACCUCAUCCCCUCGGUCAGAGACUUCCCCCGCGUGGUUCAGUCCAUCCGUCAUCCGACGACGCGUGGCCGUUCAGUAUCGAUCGGGCCUCAGAGUGCCGCCGAUGCGUAUGAGACGCUGGCAUACCGCGAGCGCCGGCGGCGGGAGAGCAUUGGCAGCAACGGCAGUAUCAAGAGCAAGGGUAGCAUGCACGAGCUUCGGGAAAAGAGCGGCGAUUGGGAAGGGAAGGGGGCGACAUCCGGUUUACAGGGUCAUCACGUUAACUCGCUGCACGAUUUUGAGCGCAUGAUGGGCACUGGCAGCGUCCUGUCGAGCCCGAGUGAGGAGAAGGGUGAACUGGACUUGACUGUAGGCCAGCAAGACGAAAUCAGUGAGAAGGAGAUGUUCCUGCGACUAAUUCGACCUCGCGUGCGUUACGACGUCGAGGUGGUUACCAAGCUGGUUGUCUAUACAGGCGAGUCUUGUAUCGCAUGGCUGGGCGUCGGCCUGAUCCCCAUGAUGUUCGAGCUGGUUGGCCUUGGAUCCAACCACCUUCGCACUGCCUAA